UGAUCACGUUGGGGGCGGAGCUGCUUAACUUUCAGCCGAUCAGCGCGCGCGUCCGCAACGUAACCCGGAAGAGGGACCAGAAUCUGAAAAGAGCGCCUUGGUUCAAAGUGGAGACGUUACCUGAAGCAUCCUCCUCUUCAUCACCAUGAGCUUCUUCUCUGGUCCGUCCGGUCCUCCAGGCUGCACCAGCAUCCAGGAGCAGAGAGACCGCUGGGAGAGGAAACGCAGCCGGACGGCCAAAGAGCUGGUUCAGACGGAGCAGAGAUACUGUCAGCAGCUGGAGCUGAUCAGCACGUACUUUGUGGAGAUCUUGAAGGCCAAAGGAACCCUGAAGCUGGACGUUAGAGAGAGCAUCUUCAGCUCAAUUAAAGCCAUCCAUUCAGUGAAUCAGUCUCUCCUGGUCCACCUGGAGAACGGAUACUUUGGGCGAGGCUUCGAUCAGUUCUGUCCUCACCUGAACCUCUACAACACCUACGUGGACAACAUCUACAACUCCAGCAAAGUGCUGCGGAUCCAGCUGAAUAAGAACAAAGCCUUCAGACGGUUCAAGAAACUUCAGGAGGAUCGUCCGGAGUUCAACGAGCAGAGACUAGAGGACUUACUUCAGCUCCCUGUUCUGAGGAUCGACCAGUACAGACACUUCCUGCAGGACCUGGCUGCCAACACGAAUCCGGACCAGCCCGAGUUUCAGCAGAUCUCAAGAGCGGUGGAUGCAGUGUGCGAGGUGUCCCAGCGUAUCCAGAACAAUGCUCAGCGCCAUGAGAACCACCUGCAGCUGUGCCGGGUGCAGAAACUGCUGAAGGGGCGAAAGACGAAGGUGUUGGCUGCAGGGCGCUGGUUCCUCCGUGAGGGCUGGCUGAAGAUGGUUCCUCCGAAAGGCAAAGAGGCCAAACCCAAAAUGUUCUUCCUGUUCUCCGACAUGCUGCUGCAGGCCAAACGCUGCAGCCCGCUGCAUCCUACCAACGGGGACAAGUUCGCCGGACAGCACGCCUACCCUCUGCAGGACUGCAGUGUGGAGAAGGUGUUUGGACACACAAGGAGCCAGGGAGGCCUGCUAAGUCUCACCUUCCCCAAAGCCAAACUGCUGCUGAUGUCCAACAAACAGGAGGAGCUCAACGACUGGUACCAGAGCCUGAGCUCUGCUGUCAGGAAGCUGCAGAAUAAAAGUGAUGAUCUGAGUAGGAGACCUCUGCACUCCGAGAGAGAGAGCAACAACAGGAAGAGGAACAUGAUGAGCUCUGACAGCACUGAGCACGCUCAGAGCUCUGCAGCAGAGUGGGAGAGCAGCGCCCCCAAGAGGCUGAAGCCGUCUGAUGCUGCUGAGGACAGUGCCGAGCCGUCCUCGUCCAGCUGUGUGAUCCUCUGAUGAGAGCCGUCUCCUCCUGCAGAGUCCGAGUCUCUCUGAGAGUCUCUGACCUGUGGACCCCCCCCUCCCCCUGCAGCGUCCCGUCUGUGCCUUUAUUCAUGAUUAUUACGAACAGCAGCUUCUGCUCCUCAUGUGCAAUAUAAACUUUAUUUAACUGCUGCGUCAGAAACCAAAGACCUGACACUAACUUUGAGCCGGCUGCUGCUGCAGAGCUUUAAAUACUAACUACUGAAUACUUCCAGUCUGCACCUGAAUGCAACACGAUGCAUUGACAGGCAGCCUGUAGAGAGGGACAUUGUGUUAGGAGGAGUGGUGCAUUCAGGGACCAGUGUAGAGAUGAGGAGAGUCAGACUGACCUGAAGCUGAACUCUCAGACUGAAACUUGAACUGGCUGAGUCUGAUUUAAACUCUGUGAUGACGAAGUUAAACUGAUGAUCAUGAAGAGUCUGAGGAAACACAGGUUCAUGAUGUCAGCGCUCACAGAGAGGGUUAAAUCCCUGAACCAUCACUCCUCCAAACAAACAAACGUCACUCAGUGUAUCUAUUACCUGUUUUUAUCUCUGUUAAUCUGAGCGUUCAGUAGGAUUGAUUGAUUAUCAGUCAGUGAUCAAACUGUUAUUUGAUUAGUUGAUGAUGAACUCUGGGAAAUGUUUAUUAUCUUUAAUCUUCAGAUUAAUGUUUCAUCACGCUUCCUGUAUUUUAUCGACUCUGUAACUUUUAUAUUCUACGAUUUUAAACAAAAUUAUUUUAACUUUUUUAUCUGAAGGCAGGAAAAAAAAUCAAGAGAUGAGAAAACAACGAGUUACAAAUAAAACUUUAAAGAAGA